ACAACUUUUAACUAUAUAAUCCUCACACGCCUUUCAUUCCACUUAAGAGAAUGGCUUUUCGGUUCUUCAUUAUCUUUGCUAUUUUGGCUAUUAAUUACUAUAGCUUCUUUUGCCAGUGCAUCUGAUCCCAGUCAAUUACAAGACUUUUGUGUUGCAAUUAAUGAUUCCAAGGCUGGUGUGUUUGUCAAUGGAAAGACCAGCAAGAAUCCAACAGAUGUCAAUGCAAGGGACUUUUUUCUCUCAGCGGGCCUUAACAAACCCGGAAAUACAUCAAAUCAGCUUAGAUCUGCAGUUUCAGCUGUGACGGUGGAUACCCUGCCCGGGUUGAACACUCUCGGCAUUUCACUAGCUCGUAUUGAUUUUGCUCCCAAUGGGGUUGUUCCUCCGCACACCCACCCUAGAGCAUCAGAAGUACUCGUACUCUUGGAGGGUACUCUAUACGUUGGAUUCGUCCUUUCAAAUCCUCAACCGGGAAUGAAGAAUAAGCUCUUUACUAAGACGUUAUACCCUGGAGACGUUUUUGUGUUUCCACAAGGCCUUAUUCAUUUCCAGCAUAACAUCGGGAAGUCAAAUGCUGUCUCCUUAUCUGGCUUAAGUAGCCAAAAUCCAGGAGUUAUUACGAUAGGCAAUGCCAUUUUUGGAUCUAAUCCACCCAUCGAUUCAGAUGUUCUCACUAAAGCAUUUCACGUCGACACCAAAGUUAUUGAGUAUCUUCAAUCACAAUUCUAGUAUGACGAACAAAAAUUAUUACUACUACAUUUGUGACACCGCAUCCGGAUGUACUUGAAUUUGAAAUUUGAUAUGUAUUUGAAUUUCCUAGCGAAUAAAAU